CGAGUAAUAAGGUAAUUGUCAAUGACAAAAAGCCAUUGAGGUAUAUAUCAUAUCCUUCGCAAGCGGAUCAGUCCGACGACGCCGAUUGGGACUGCGACGACUUUGGCCAGGAGGAGCUUCCCCAAGCAGACGGCGCCUUUGAAGCGGAAUACAAACCCGGCAACCCGAAACACAGCUCCGUCGACUUACUGAAGCGGAUCAAGAGCGCACGAGUACAGUCCAGCGUCGCAAGGCGCGCUCCUAGGCCGAUGGAGGGCGGUGGCAGCGGAGGCCAUGGCGCCGAAUGGGAGCAGGCCGGUCACGAUGCAGAACCUCAGGACGUCGCUGGCCCGGGCGCACACGGCCGGUUGGAGUGCAAAGUGGUGAAGGCACAGAAGGAAGGCGAGGGCACGCAACAGCCCUACGUCUCCUACCUCGUCGUUACCGACACCGAUUUCAAGAGCUUCCAGUCUCCACAUUCCGAAGUGCGGCGGCGUUUCACCGACUUCGUCUUCCUCUACAAGACUUUGGCGCGAGAGUACGUGCAAUGUGCCGUCCCGCCACUACCGGACAAGAAUGCCAUGGCGUACGUGCGCGGCGACCGCUUCGGACCAGACUUCACGUCGCGGAGAGCGCACUCGCUGCAACGCUUCCUCAAGCGCCUAACGCUACAUCCUGUUCUACGACGUGCUGUCAUCCUCGCUCUCUUUCUCGAGUCGAGUGACUGGAAUGCAACCAUGAAGAGCAGGCCCACUCGUGCCAUGUCCGGCAGCGAAGCUGGCCCCACAUCCGUCCUCGAAACCUGGACAGACAGCUUCCUCAACGCCUUCACCAAGCCCCACAAAACCGACCAACGAUUCCAAGAAGUCUCCAACCGCGCGAGCAAACUCGACGACGACCUCGGCACCGUCAGCAAAACCGUCGCCCGCGUUGCCAAGCGUGAAGGCGACCUUGAGACCGACUACGCCGAUCUCGCCACGCAGUUCCACAAGCUCGCCGCGCUCGAAACCGAAGUCGCCGAACCCCUCACCUCCUUCGCCGCCUCCGUCAAUGCAACCAGUGAAGGUUGGAAAGCACUCAAAGAGCACACCGACCAAGACUACCUCGGCUCGCUCAAAGACAUGGAAUCCUACAUUACCAGCAUCAAAGGCCUGCUCAAGAUCCGCGAGCAAAAGCAACUCGACUUCGAAGGCCUGACGGACUACCUCAACAAAGCAGCCUCGGAACGCGAUUCGCUCGCGUCUAACGCCAAUCUCGGCGCCUCGGGCUUCUUACGGCAGAAAAUCGAGGAUGUAAGGGGAGUGGACCACGAGCAGAGUCGACGAGAGCGCCAGCGGAAACUGGAGGUGCAGAUUUCGCGGUUGACGACUGAGGUGGAGACGGCGAAGCGGACGACGGAGGCGUUUGAUCAGGAGGUUGUGAAGGAAGUGCAGGAUUUCGAGCGGAUAAAGGCGGAGGAGUUUCGAGAUACGUUGGGAGGUUUGGCGGAUGCGAACAUUGCCUUUUUUAGUGGGAAUGUUGAGAUUUGGGAAAGGUUUAUACGGGAGAUGGAGAAGGACGGGCCGCAGCCUGGGACGGGAGGAGAGAGUGCGGCGCAAAGUGCGACUUGAUAAGUUCGGAGGGUAUGACGAUGUAGCGCGAGGAGAGCAUGAUGCGGUAAUGACAGCGGCGGGAUACUGCUGCUCGUUGAGUAGACAGGCAAAAGGCUCGAAAGAGCCGCUGCGUUUGUAUAUCCGCAGGCGAAACGCAACGCAAGAAUGCCACUGUGCCUUGCGUCUAAUGAUACAAUAUCCCAUCAUCGCUCCUGCCCCAUUGCAGCACCGAUUCUCUCUUCUCCAUUGAGUGGCAGCUCACAACGAGUUCCUUUAGUACGUAAGCAUGUUGUUUCCUUAUUUCGCAUGUAGUAGCAUCCAU